CCUCCUCCGUCAGAGGGCACCUAUGCAUUUAGAUGAUUAAACAUUAAGAGCAGGAAUUAUCUGUAUUUUCUCCCGCCUGCCUCUCUCUCCUCGCAUCCCUGCAUCUCUUCCUUCUCCUGAAGCUUCCCCUCUGGGGCCUCUCCGAGGGUAAUGCAGGGAUCUCCCUGCAGGCCGGGUGGGAGACCCCAGGCCCCGCAGACUGGACUGGCUUCUUCCCUCCCCCGCCUCGGCUCCCUCGCUAGCGUAAAGUCCGAAAAUUGGGUCACAGCUGAGGAAGACCUCAGACAUGGAGUCCAGGAUGUGGCCUGCUCUGCUGCUGUCCCACCUGCUCCCCCUCUGGCCACUGCUGCUGCUGCCCCUCCCAACGCCCGCUCAGGGCUCCUCCUCCCCCCGGACGCCCCCAGCCCCGGCCCGCCCCCCGUGUGCCCGAGGCGGCCCCUCAGCCCCGCGUCACGUGUGCGUGUGGGAGCGGGCACCUCCACCGAGCCGCUCCCCGCGAGUCCCAAGAUUGCGGCGGCAGGUCCUGCCCGGCACUGCGCCCCCUGCCACCCCGUCGGGCUUUGAGGAGGGGCCACCCUCAUCCCAGUACCCCUGGGCUAUUGUGUGGGGUCCCACUGUGUCUCGAGAGGAUGGAGGGGACCCCAACUCCGUCAAUCCUGGAUUUCUGCCCCUGGACUAUGGUUUUGCAGCCCCCCAUGGGCUAGCUACCCCACAUCCCAACUCAGACUCCAUUCGGGAUGAUGGAAACGGGCUCAUCCUCGGAGAAACGCCUGCCACCUUGAGGCCGUUCCUGUUCGGGGGGCGUGGAGAAGGUGUGGACCCCCAGCUCUACGUCACAAUCACCAUCUCUGUCAUCAUUGUUCUCGUGGCCACAGGCAUCAUCUUCAAGUUCUGCUGGGACCGCAGCCAGAAACGGCGCAGGCCCUCAGGGCAGCAAGGGGCCCUGAGGCAGGAGGAGAGCCAGCAGCCACUGACCGACCUGUCCCCUGCCGGAGUCACUGUGCUAGGGGCCUUCGGGGACUCGCCUACCCCCACCCCUGACCAUGAGGAGUCCCGAGGGGGAGCCCGGCCUGGGAUGCCCCAGUCCAAGGGGGCUCCAGCCUUCCAGUUGAACCGGAUUCCCCUGGUGAAUCUGUGAUGCCCCCCAUGUUGGGGUGCUGCCAAGCAGGAGGCCAAGGGGCCGGCAUAAGCGCCAUCCCACUGAGGGUGGGGCAGCCGUGGGGACCCUUGCACACCACCUGGAACACUCACUGGCCACAGGGGCAAGCCCCUUGCUCAACCUCCUGUAGUGGGGGCUUCACGUACCUGUGACUUCGGGUCCCCCACCCCCCUUGCACACUCACAUGAAAGCCUUGCACUCACCUCCACCCUCACAGGCCAUUGCACAUGCUCAUGCUCUCGGCCUCCACUCCUUCGCACUGCUCCCCUUGUGCAAACCGCCCCCCCCCAUGGCUCACACUGGCCCAUUCUCUCUCCAUCCUGCACACUCCAUGCUCAGCCCAGUCACUUGGUGGCGGGGUCCAUGGCCCUUGUGCCCCUCACCACCUGUGUGCAUUCCUGGCCGGAUGUCGUGGCAUGGCGUGCUCACUCUGCCUCAUGGACACUCACUGGUCUCGUUUCUGUGGCCCCUGCAUGCGCCUCGAGGUGGGUGGGAGGUGAGCUGGGGCUCUGCGUGCCCUCGUCUAUCACGCCUCGUCAGGUCCCAUGUCAUGACUUCACUGUCACACAUCUCAUCCCACUCCAAGGGCGCUGGCAUCACCCUAGGGGUCCCCCGCAGGGAUGGGGGCAGUGAGGUCCCCUGCUGAGUUCUGUUGUCUGAGGUGGGUGUUGAGGAGUCGCCUGCUGCACUACAUGAAAAGGGAUUCCAGUCCAUCCUGCCCUCCCCCCAGUCCCUCUUGUCCUGUCUGUCCCUGCUGUCGGUGUCACUCUGGGCGUGAGAGUCCCUGAGCAGGUCCUCCAGUCCCCAGCCUCCCAGGGCCCCUCCCUCUACCCAGGCCAGGACUGGAGCCAGCUGGGUCAAGGCCAUCGGGGGCUCUGCCUCCCCCUCCUGCCCGCCUCUCCUUCCUCCCCUCUGCCUCCUGCCCUUCACUAGUGUCUCCACCUCCCUCCCUCCCUUCUUACCUGGCUCCUAUGCUGUGAUAUAUAUUUUUGUAUUAUCUUUUUCUUCUUCUUGUGGUGAUAAUCUUGAAUUCUUGUGGGAUGUAAGUUUCAAAAUUUUCAAAUAAAGCCUUUGCAAGAUA